CGUCCACUCUGCCUGUCCUCUGCUCUAAUCGUGCCGUUGCCUCCCCCGCACACAUUGCUAUGGAUUGCCGGCAGCGGAGCCCUCACAGCGCUGGGACGAGCCCCGGCAGUAGCGUCUGGGAAGGCGAGAGCGGUACACUUUCUCCAUCCCGAUGGUCCCUUGGAAGAAAACGGCGAUUGGAUGGAAGGCACAGAAAACCAGAAGAUGUUGAUUCAUCUCUGUUUGUUGAAGAUGAGGCCAAAUCUAGACAUUCAGAAGAAAAGGAAUGUCGCAGUGCAGACAACAGGCUUGAGAGCUUUACAACACCAGAAGGCCCCAAACCCCAUUCAAGAUGUACAGACUGGGGAAGUGUAGUUGAAGAGGAUGAAAUGAGAACCAAAGUGAAUAAAGAAAUUGCAAGAUACAAAAGAAAACUUCUCAUAAAUGAAUUUGGAAGAGAAAGAAAGUCAUCAUCUGGAAGUUCUGAUUCAAAAGAAUCAACAUCUGCAGCACGAGCAGAACUAGAAACAGAUGAAAAUGUUCUGAUGAGGAGACAAAAGCAGAUAAAUUAUGGAAAGAAUACCAUUGCCUAUGAUCGAUACAUUAAAGAAGUUCCCAGGCAUCUUAGACAACCUGGAAUUCAUCCCAAAACUCCAAAUAAGUUUAAGAAGUAUAGUAGGCGAUCCUGGGACCAGCAGAUCAAACUGUGGAAAGUUGCUUUGCAUUUUUGGGAUCCUCCAGUUGAGGAAGGUUGUAACUUGCAAGAAAUUACUCCAGUAGAUAUCGAUGAAAUGGAGACUGAGUCUGCAGAAAGUAGCUCCGAGUCACAAACAAGCUCUCAGGAUAAUUAUGAUAUGUAUUCUGGCACGCCUACUAAAGUUAGACAUGUUGAUUAUCAAGCAGGAGAUGAAUUUGGCUUGGAGGCUUGUUUGACUGAACCACUGAAAGAAUUCCCAUCUGUGAGCUAAGGGUGCCACCUGGAGGCUAUUUUGAGGAAACAAAUUCUAUUCUAAAAUAGAUGGCAUUGUCUAGGUGAAAAUAAUUCUGGUGAAAUGUUGGCCAAACUGUGUUGUGUAUUGGUAACUGGAUGUUUCUCUCUUGUUCAUAGUUCAUUAUUUCAUGAUGUUGUUGUUCUUGCCUCAUUUUCUUAUUUUUACUUAAUUUUUUGUAUAUUGGAUGGGUUUGCAAGUGUUAAAUUAUAAAUUUUUAUCAACACACGAAAAGUGACAUUGAAACAACCUGAUUGUUUCAUAGGUUUCUCUUAAUGAACUUGGCUGGCAUAAGUGGCUUUUCCUAGGUAUAAAAUGCCAUAUUGGUCUCUUGGUUUUAUCGUAGAACUACAAUAAGGGACCAGCAUUUCUUUGUGCUUUACCAGUGUACUUUGAGUUGGAUGCCUCCCAUUUCCUUUAAAACUAACUUUCUGGCAUCUUUUCAAGGUGCCAAAUGUAUUAAAAAAGCUUUUCGUUUCAUCCAGAGCACUGGAAAGUCACACUAUACUAUAUAGAUAGUGGAUUUUUUGAAUACUGAGCUUGAAGAUUGCUGCAACCUUAGUUUGGUACUUGUAAAUAGUCAGUGAUAGCUCUUCUUGUGAUGUUUGAAGAAGAGUUAAAGAAAUGCAAAGUAUGUAGGGAAAAACAUUUUUUAAAUGCAACCAAUUAAUAAGCCAUGUAAAAUUGUUGUAAAUGAUAAUAUUGUACAGAUUUUCUGUUCAAAUAUUCAAUUGUAAACUUAAUAUGGUUAAUGUUUUAAUUGCUUUUGUAUGGAAUGUUCUUGCAAAAAAUAAAAGGGAAAGAAUCUUGUGCAUCAGA